AUGAAAGUCAACAAUUAUCAAAACAUCUUAUCAAUCUUAUCAAACAGAACAAGAACAAGAACAAGAACAAUCCAAAAGAACUAUAGCACCUCAUCAUCAUCUCAACCUAUCACUCAAACUUCAAUCUUACCAAAUGGAAUCAAGGUAGCCACUGAAUCAACACCAGGUCAUUUCAUCGGUAUAGGAGUUUACAUAGAUGCAGGUUCAAGAUACGAAAGUCAUAAGCUAAGAGGAGUAACUCAUCUAACCGAUCGAAUGGCCUUCAAAUCAACUCAAACCAGAACAAAAGAUCAAAUCGGUCAAGAAAUCGAAUCAUUAGGUGGUUCAUUCUUUGCUUCUUCAGGUCGUGAUACCAUAGUCUAUCAAGCUACUUCAUAUCCAAAUUCAAUCAAUUCAGUUUUAUCUAUCUUAUCAGAUACUUCAUUAAAUCCAUUAUUAACUAAAGAAGAAUUAGAAAUUGAAAAAUUAUCAACCGAAUGGGAAGUGAAUGAAAUUAAUAAAAACCCGGAAUAUAUGAUACCUGAAGUUUUACAUGAGAUUGCUUUUCCAAAGAAUACGUUGGGGUUACCAUUGAUUUGUCCAAAAGAUCGGAUUUCAAAGAUUUCAACUGAUUUGCUUUGGGAAUAUAGAUCUUGGUUUUACAAACCUAAUCGAAUCGUUCUUGCAGCUGUUGGAGUUAAUCAUCAUGAGUUUUUGAUUUAUGCAAAUGAACAUUUUGGAAAGUUUAAUGGAAUCCAAUUCGAUCCUUCUACAUCCUCAUCCUCAUCAACAAAAAAUCAUAAUCAAACUUCAAAUCCCAUCAAUCUAUCACCUAUCAAUCCUCUAACAGGUAAACCACUCGAAACAUUCGAAGAAUUGAUCAAUGCAAAACCAUACUACCAAGGCGGAGAGAUGAGAAUCCCAGACGAAGAAUCCAAACUAGCUCAUCUUUAUAUCGGAUUUGAAGCACCCCACAUUCAUGAUGAAGAUCUAUAUGCGAUUGCAUGUGCACAUAUCAUGUUAGGAGGAGGUUCAUCAUUUUCAGCAGGUGGACCAGGUAAAGGAAUGUAUUCAAGACUCUAUACCAGAGUUUUAAAUCCUCAUCCAGAAGUCGAUUUCUGUCAAGCCUUUCAUCAUUCGUAUUCUGAUUCAGGUUUGUUUGGAAUCGGAAUGAGUGUGGUACCAGAGUUUGUUGACUAUGUACCUGAGAUUAUUGGUGAACAAUUGAAUUUGAUUUCGAAACCGAUGAUUGGAUCUCAACGAAAUCAAAGGAAUGGGAUCAAUCAAAACGAAUUGAAUAGAGCUAAGAAUCAGUUGAGGUCUACUAUGAUGUAUGGUUUGGAAUCUAGAGUCUUACAAGUUGAAGAUUUAGGUCGACAGAUUCAAAGCUCAGGUAGAAAAAGACCUUGGAAUGAGAUUUGGAAAUCGAUUGAAGCUUUAACCAUUGAAGAUAUUCAUCGAGUGAUUUCUAAAAUCAUUAGACCUGAACAGGAUGGAUUUUCAGGUGAACCUACAAUUGUGGCAACUGGACAGAUUGGAAAAUUAGGAAACGUUAAAGAAAGACUAAAUAGAAUGGGAAUCGGUUCAUUGAAAGAUAGAUCAAAAGUUUGGUGGUAGUAGUCACAAACAAACAAACACGAAAAAAAAAUGUGAAAAAUUAUUCAUCAUCAUCAUUUAAAGGUCUCUUGUGUGUUUUAGAAUGACGAAAAAAAAAUUACUCGUGUUUUGAAAAGGUAGGUUAUUUUGUUCUUGGUUUUGUUUGGUUUUUUUUUGUGUAAAUCGAAUCACUUUUCAUUUUUGAAUAAAGAAAAAAAUCUGCAUACUUUUUU